CAGCAAAUGACUCAUCACGAACCGACUCACAUGCACACAACCCACAAUCCCCUUUCAAUUUCUCCACGUUCUUCUGCUCUUCCUCCUUCAUAAUCUUUGAAACUUGAAGGGGCAUUACUGGGUAUUAGGCAACUCAUUUGCGUUACUGAGUUCAUAUGCCUGGAUUUCUUUAAGAAAGAUACCACCUUUUUGGUUCUUUGUGUUUCUGUUUUUGUGUGUUGAGGCAUGGCGACUCUGGGGGACAUUGGGGUGUCAGCGUUCAUAAACAUAGUGAGUGCCUUUGCGUUCUUGCUUGCCUUUGCUCUGCUCAGGAUUCAGCCCAUCAAUGACAGGGUUUACUUUCCCAAAUGGUACAUUCUUGGAAGGAGGACUAGCCCCCCCGGCGGAACUCGCAACUUUGUUUCCAAAUUUGUUAACCUCAAUCUCAAGACUUACCUUACCUUCCUCAACUGGAUGCCCCAGGCUCUGAAGAUGAGCGAGUCUGAGAUUAUCACUCAUGCUGGGCUUGACUCUGCUGUCUUCUUGAGGACUUAUAUCCUUGGUUUAAAAAUAUUUGGACCGACUGCUAUUGCAGCUCUAUUGGUUCUUAUCCCAGUCAAUAUGUCAGGUGGAACAUUAUUUUUCCUCCGCAAGGACCUGGUUGUUAGCGACAUUGACAAGUUGUCCAUAUCCAAUAUCAGCCCCAAAUCUUUGAAGUUUUUUGUGCACAUAGCAAUGGAAUAUUUGUUCACAUUUUGGACAUGUUAUAUGCUGUACAAAGAAUAUGGUAGAGUGGCGUCAAUGAGAUUCAAAUUUUUGGCUUCACAGGGCAAGCGGGCUGAACAAUUCACAGUUCUUGUCAGAAAUAUACCACAUGAAUCUGGCCGCUCAAUAUCAGAUCGGGUGGAAAACUUUUUUAAGAAGAAUCACCCAGAUCACUAUCUUUGCCACCAGGCCGUCUAUGAUGCAAACAAGUUUGCCAAACUUGUUAGAAAACGGAACAACCUUCAGAAUUGGCUGGAUUACUACCAGAUAAAGUUUGAAAGAAAUCCAGACAAGAGGCCGACCACAAAGACAGGCUUUCUUGGACUUUGGGGUGAAAAAGUUGAUUCCAUUGACUACUAUAAACAUCAAAUUACAGAGCUGGACAAAAGAUUGACAAUCAAGCGUGAGAAGAUUCUUAAAGACCCAAAAUUUGUCACUCCAGCUGCAUUUGUAUCGUUCAAUUCGAGAUGGGCGGCUGCUGUUAGUGCUCAGACGCAACAAAGCAAGAAUCCCACAUUGUGGCUAACAAAUUGGGCCCCUGAACCUCGGGAUGUAUAUUGGAAGAACGUGUCAGUGUCGUUUCUUUCUCUAAGUGUCCGGAGACUGGUGAUAACCAUAUUAUUGUUUGCUUUGGUCUUCUUUUACAUGAUACCGAUUGCUUUUGUGCAAUCACUGGCGAACUUGGAAGGUUUGGAAAAGGUUGCACCUUUCCUUCGGCCAUUAAUUGAAUUGAAGGUCAUCAAGUCUUUUCUACAGGGUUUCCUUCCCGGUUUAGCCCUUAAAGUCUUCUUGUUUGUUCUUCCAACGAUUCUUAUGAUCAUGUCAAAAAUCGAGGGACACGUGGCAUUAUCGGUGCUCGAAAGGAGAACUGCUGCAAAGUAUUAUUAUUUUAUGUUGGUCAAUGUAUUUUUAGGGAGCAUUGUGACGGGAACAGCUUUCGAGCAACUCCACGCUUUUCUUCACCAAUCCGCUACACAAAUACCGAGAAACAUUGGAGUAUCGAUACCUAUGAAAGCUACCUUCUUCAUUACGUAUAUAAUGGUUGAUGGGUGGGCUGGCAUUGCUGGCGAGAUUCUCAGGUUGAAACCUUUGGUCAUUUUUCAUCUCAAGAACAUGUUCUUGGUGAAAACUGAAAGGGAUUUAGAAAAGGCAAUGAACCCUGGGAGCGUAGAUUUUCCCGAGACUCUCCCGAGCCUUCAACUAUACUUUCUUCUGGGAAUCGUCUAUGUUGUGGUCACUCCAAUUCUUCUUCCUUUCAUAUUGGUCUUCUUCGCCUUAGCAUACCUCGUAUACCGUCAUCAGAUUAUCAAUGUAUACGAGCAACAAUAUGAGAGUGCUGCUGCGUUUUGGCCACAUGUUCAUGGUCGCAUAAUAGCUAGCUUAUUGAUAUCUCAACUGCUUUUGAUGGGUUUACUUAGUACCAAAAAGGCUGCUAAGUCGACUCCUUUGCUUGUCGUGUUGCCAAUUCUGACAUUAGCAUUCCACAAAUAUUGCAAGAACCGAUUCGAACCUGCAUUCAGAAAGUAUCCCCUCGAGGAAGCAAUGGACAAGGACUUGCAAGACCAUGCUAGUGAAAUCGAUGCCAAUAUGAAAGCAUACUUGGCCAAUGCAUAUCUGCACCCGAUUUUUCACUCAUUUCAGGAAGUUGAAUUGGCCGAGGUUAAAGCCGAAGACAAAAACCAGGAUCACGUCCAGAGUCCCGUAAGCGAACACCUCAGCGCUCCCUCUCCAUCUCGCGUUGCCCAUCACCGCGAAAAUGAUCCGUCGCACAAUGCCCAACACUAUGAAGUUGGGCAGCCGGGUGAUGAUCUAUUUCACUAUGAAUAUGAGCAAUCACAUAACAUAUAUCAUUAUGAGAUGGGGUCACACCAGCAUGGAUACAAUUAUUGACCUUAUUGGUAAAGAUUCAUUGUUUUGAUGGUGGGGUUUUAAGUAGAUUUAUCUGAGACAAGUGUUUUUAGGCAAUUUAACAUUUAGUUAUUAGUAAUCUGCCCCAUAGCCUGUUGUAAAAUUUUGACCAUGAUUGGUGAAUGGAGUGCGGACUGGUUUUCGUAGUUCUAAUUGAUUCUUAAACUUGGGCUGGAGCUAGCCAGCUAGGGUUGCUCAACUGUUGUAAUGACAAAUGACUAAUGAGUUCAAGCGGGUUUUGGUAAA